AUGGUGCAGUUGGUAGGUGUGCCCAGGCCAAAUACUGGGGCUGGACACAGGGUUGGUGGCCCAGAAAAAGUGCAGAAUUUUUGCUGCACUUGCUUAAAAAUGCAGAGUAAUGAUGAACUUAAUGGUUUACAGGUAGAUUCUCUGGUCAUUGAACACAUCCAGCACCUGCCUGAAAUCUCCAUCAGGCCAUGUGAUGAGAAUUAUGACCGGUGGAGUGGGCACAACAUCAGAUCAGACCGCGGAGGCACCAAUGAUCCAGCCAGCCCUCCACAGGUGGUUCCCAGGAGCAAUACACCACCUGAACCUGAGCUCCGGGGACGCCGGCGCCGCCGCUGCUCCGGGGAGCGCGCCGCCCAGGGAGGGCACUUCCAGACCUGCGAGGGCGCGGCCCUGCCGGUGGCCCCCAGCUGCGGGGCCCGAGUCCAGUUACCCCUGGCCAGGGGCCCGCACGGCGCCGCUUCUCUCCAGCAGACCCCUCGGUAUUUGGAAAGUGCGGUUCACCAAGGGAAAGGGCCUACAGGCAAACCUCUGCUUUGGAGCCCUUUCUUGCAGAGGCCUCUGCAUAAAAGGAAAGGCGGCCAGGUGAGGUUCUCCAACGACCAGACUAUCGAGUUGGAGAAGAAGUUUGAGACCCAGAAAUACCUCUCCCCGCCUGAGAGGAAGCGCCUGGCCAAGAUGUUGCAGCUUAGCGAGAGACAGGUCAAAACCUGGUUUCAGAAUCGACGUGCUAAAUGGCGAAGACUAAAACAGGAAAACCCUCAAAGCAGUAAAAAAGACGACGUGGAAAGUUUGGACCAUCCCUGUGAUCAGAGGCAAGACCUGCCCACUGAACAGAAUAAAGGUGCUUUGGAUAGCUCUCAGUGUUCACCUUCCCCUGCCUCCCAGGAAGACCUUGAAUCAGAGAUUUCCGAGGAUUCCGAUCAGGAAGUGGACAUUGAGGGUGAUAAAGGCUAUUUUAAUGCUCACUGACAUUGGCACAUUCUGAAAACUGGACUUGGGAAUGAUGUUUGCAACAGAAAAUCUCUAAGACAACUGGAAAACUCUAUGAGAAAGGGAACCAGUUUUCUGGUGUUCUGGAAACCUGAAAUAUUUGGUGCACUGGCUAAAUAACCGACUCACACUUAAACCUUAAUUUUUUACUUAAACAGUUUGUAUAUUGAUUUUAGAUUGUACGAUAAGGGGACUUUUCACUGAUUACCUUUACCCCCUUUUUAAGAAACCAUUUUCCCCCCUCCUAUUUAUGAAAAGUAAUUUUGAAGUUUUUGGUUAAAAUUUUAAGUUAUGACUUUAAAGAUUUUAACGGAUCUUCUUGAAUAACUUUUCUGUAAUUUCUAUCUUCAUCCCACUUAAUGGAAAACCAAAGGGUACCUUAAAUCCAGAGGUGUGCCUCGGAAAGGGGCCCACAUUUCAGGCAGCCUUCAAAAGGAAACAUUCUUUCCUCUUACAUGACAUCCUUACCCCGCUGCCUUAAAUCCAAAAGCAGCUCAGAGCUCUUGUCUCUGGGGUGUGUGGUGUGCCUUUUGUUAGACAGAGCCGAUAAUCUUAAAGGCUUGUUUUGCACUAUCCCUUAGCACCUGCUUUUCUAAGGUGUUAAAGAUAGUACUUUCCAAUUCAAGGAGAGAAACUGACUCACUGGGGACUAAAAUUAAGCCCAGUGAACUAGAAGAAGGAGCAGGUUAAUUAAAUGUAAGUAGAUUGUAGAUACAGUGUUUUAUAUCAAACAGUGUUUAUAAUGUGUGUGUAUAUAUAUAUAUAUAUAUAAAAUUGUUCACUGUAAAAAACAUUGCCAAAAUGUGUUUUUAAUCGAGUAACCUGCCUAUAAAAUAAACCUGUCGGUGGGACGACUG